CGCAUUCCAGCGUCCCAGAGUCACCAUUUCAGCGAACGCGAUAUUUGUGCUUCGUUCAAGUUUCUGUCGUUAAUCAAAGUUAAAAAUGGACCGCACAGUGCUGUUUAACCUACAGCGCAUGGGAAUGGAGAAGCAUGCGGAUCUGUUCAGAGAAAAUCGAAUUAAAUGGGAAACUCUCAGAGAAAUGAGUCGAUUGACAAUGAGCUCCCUGUUCGCCGGCAAGGUGAACGAACUGUUCGAGUUUGAGAGGGCGUACAAGAAACUGAACGGAAACUGGGCGAUUCCAGAAACGGAGUUACCGCCUUCUGGAAGCCAGGUAUCGCCAACUGUCCUUGAAGUGCCCUGUUUGAAUUAUUUCGACAUCAAAUUACUACUGUUUCCACGAAACUGAGUUUGCGUAUUAAAAUACAAAAUUUGCCUUUGAGAAUAAUACACGGGAAACCUAACUGUCUACUACAAACGCAUGCUUGACGCCGUGUAACUAUAUGCGUCAAGCAUGCGUUUGUUAGUGUGUACUUUCAAGCAUGCAUUUGUAAGAGUGUACAUACACUGUGCAAAUUUGUUGUCACUUUAUGACAAAAACGCGGAUGACAUUUUCGUCACUUUCAAAUCAUGACAAUUUCAUCACAAAUUGAUGACAUUUUCAUCAAAGCUCCUAUACUUAUUGCAUGGGCGUGACAACAAUGUCAUCAAUUUUUUUGACAUCCUUGUAAGGAAAAUUAGCCUUGAAAUUGUCAUCAAGUGACGACUCAAAUUUUCUCAGUGUAGUAGACAGUUAGGUUUUUAGUGUAACUCGGAGUGCAGCGCUCGGGGGCAGGGUGCCUUCAGGCGAGACGCCACCGAAUGGAAACCGAAAGAAGAGGACCCUCUCGAUUGGACACAUGACAACUUCACAGUGAGCCUAAAUUUAAGUAUAUGCCGGUGCUGGACAUUAUUGCGUAAGGUAACCUUGAUCCAAAAAACUCGGCCGCCAACAAAAGUUAUUUGCUUGCGGCCCAGUUUGGGCUGGAUGCGGUUUGACGUUCUGAGACUCAGAAGUAGUCAGACCGAGAGGUACCGCACACUGAGGCAAAAAAAAAACUCAGUAUUCUCUGGAGGGACCGUAGUUAUCUCCGUAGGACGUGGAAUACUGUAUACUCCUACGGAGAUCAGUGUAACGUCCCACGGAGGUGACUGUACGGGCCUACGGACAAUAUUGACAAGUGGGCUACGGAGAAAAGCCACAAGCUGUUUACAGAAUUUACCGUAGCUUUUUGCCACAGUCAAUGCACGCAUUUGCGUCUGCACUGGGAUGGGACUCGAUCACCAAGGAA